AAAUUCAUAUAAGUAUAUUAGUCGAAAACAAGUCAUAACUCUCAAAAAACCUCCUGAGUGAGUCGUCGUGCGCAGCCUCAUAAGUGAAGUGAAAAGCCAAAAGCAUAAUCAGAAUCAGAAGCAGAAAGCAAAGAAAGAAAAGAACAAGAACAACAAUGUCGAUCGCUUUUUCCUUCCUUCCUCCUUCCUCCCAUUCUCUUUCCUCUCAAUCUCCUUCCAUUCCUAAAUCCAUCCCUUCCUUUUCCUUCUCUCCAUCUUCCCUCCGUCUCCGUCUAACUCCCUCUCCUUCUCUCCGCAUCAAUCACCGCACAGAUCCUCUCUUCAUUCUCCAUUCCAGUGAUUCCACCGGCGGUGGUUCAUUCGGCGGUCACGACGACGGUGGUUCAUUUGGUGGUCACGGUGGCGGCGGCGGUGAUGGAAAAGGUAAUGACGGACACGGUGACGGCGGAGAAAGCAAUGAUGGAGAUGGACAUGGACACGGCGGAGUGAAUGAGGUGCUUUUGUUGUUGGCGCAAGCAGGUAGGUCGUUGGAGAGUUUGCCGGCAGACCUAGCUAAUGCUAUCAAAGAAGGUAAGAUUCCUGCAUCUGUUGUUGCGAGGUUUCUGGAGCUUGAGAAGUCUCCUUUUAUGCGGUGGUUGCUUCAGUUUGCUGGUUUUAAGGAGCGUCUUCUCGCUGAUGAUCUUUUCCUUGCUAAGGUCGGCAUGGAGUGCGGCGUUGGCGUCUUCACCAAGACUGCUGCUGAGUAUGAUCGCCGGAGAGAGAACUUUUUCAAUGAGCUGGAAAUUGUGUUCUGUGAUGUGAUCAUGGCUAUACUCGCAGAUUUCAUGCUAGUGUAUCUACCUGCACCUACUGUUUCUCUUAGACCACCACUUGGAGUUAGUGCAGGGGCUAUUACCAAGUUUUUCCACAACUGCCCAGAUAAUGCAUUCCAGGUUGCUCUAUCUGGAACAUCAUAUUCCUUCUUGCAGAGAAUUGGUGCAAUUGUGCGUAAUGGGUCCAAGCUUUUUGCAGUUGGAACUGCUUCAUCACUGAUUGGGACAGCUGUGACAAAUGCCGCAAUUAACGCAAAGAAGGCUGUUAAUAAGGCUUCUGCGGAGGAAAUUGAAAAUGUUCCUAUACUGUCUACCAGUGCUGCUUAUGGUGUCUAUAUGGCAGUUUCUAGCAAUCUCAGGUACCAAGUUCUUGCUGGAAUUAUUGAGCAAAGGCUUUUGGAACCUUUGUUGCACCAGCACAAGCUUGUACUCGGUGCUCUUUGCUUUGCUGCUCGGACCGGAAAUACAUAUUUGGGUUCAUUAUUAUGGGUGGAUUAUGCUCGUUGGAUAGGGGUUCAGUAGGCCCAAGACAAAGACAAUGAAUGACAUGGUUCUUCUUGAUUGACUGCAUUUAUAUCAAGAAGUGCAUUUCCUUCAUUACUUGACAUCAUACAACAGAUUAAUUGAGUAGCCGAAUAGUUUUUUUUUUAUCUCUAUUUAUUUUUAUAUGCUCAUUGCUGAGCAUUCUCCUGAUUCUUAUUUUUCUCAUAAAUAUCCUCAUUCAAUUGUUGCUAUGAGGUUGACAGCAUAUAUAUUUUUUUUAUCUUUGGGGUACAAGGACAUAGUUUGAAACUAGAUGAGAAUGUUGCAGCAAAUUGAAAGGGAUUAAAGAAACAAGUUUCAUGUUUUUUCUUGAUGGCAAAAAAAAUCCUCUGGUUUUCUACUC